AUGAUGAAGCGGUAUCAAAUGGUAGCAUUGGAUCUUGAUGGAACUUUGCUCGCUUCCAAUGGAAGCUUGGCUGACAUUCAGGCGGAUUAUCUUCGUGCUUUGUCCGAGAAAGGUUUUCUUGUAUGCAUUGCUACAGGGCGAUCUGCCACAGGGACUUAUGCUUAUGCCGCCAAGCUUCAGAUUCCUAGACUACCUAUCGUCUGUUCUAACGGUUCAAGUGGACUGCUCUGGUCUCCAGGAGGAAGCAACUCAAAUGAUGAUCCUGUCAUUGAGGAACAGUUCCAAUUUACGGUACCAAAGCCAAUCGUACAGCGGGCUCUCAAUCUUGCAAACAAGCAUGGCUUUUGUCUACAAUACUUCUACAAAAACUCUGUCUAUGCCAAUCAAAAAUCUGAAAUCCAUUAUCAGUGUACCAAAAAGUACACCGCCAUGACUGGAGUGAGAAUACAACAUAUCGAUGAUGACUACUAUCAGGAUAUACUCGAAAACAAUAAGCUCCCAUCGAAACUCUUGUUAUUAUUCGACCCGACAGACAAUCUAAAAGCUCGAACGCUGAUUCACGAAGAAUUUGAUCCGUCCGAAGCGCACAUCGUCAAGGGCAGAUCCACCUGGUUUGUCCAAAUCCUGGAAGCCACGAGCAACAAGGGAGUUGGAUUGAGGCACAUGUGCGACAAACUAAACAUCCCUUUGGACAACGUAAUUGCCAUUGGAGAUGCCUUCAAUGAUAUUGAAUUCUUGCAUAUGGCUGGAUUGGGAGUGGCCGUCAAGAAUGCGGACUCAGAAGUCAAGGAGAUUGCAGACAUCACUCUGGACUUUACCAAUAAUGAACAUGGGCCCAUGAGGAUAUUGCAGGAGCUUGAAGAGAGAGGAGCCCUUGCGUUCCAAGAAAAAGAAAAGUGGUAG